AUGGCACCGGAGGUGAAGCCCCAUCCGUUCCGGAUUUUCGUGUCGGGACUUUCCAAGACGCAUGUUCAGCGCUACGAUGGCAGCGGAAUUGUGGAGGAGGACAACCUGGGCUACUUUUUUUACGACCGUGGUUGCAAAGUUGAGGAUGUCAGACUGAUGGUGGAUCCCAGCACGAGCAAGUGCAGAGGAUUCGGAUUCGUGGAUUUCACCGACGAGGAGUCGUUUGGCAAGGCACUUACGCUUGCUGGCACGCAGGAUCCGGCAGGCGUAAAGCUGGACCCGGCGUCCCACGGCCAACUGAAGGUGGAGGCAGCGAAGCCGGCGCAGCCUGUGGCGCGUGACAAACACCAGGAGUUGGCCAAAGCUCGGGACCAGACCGAAGACAUGGAGCGUGCUCUGCGGUGGCGCGAGGCGAACGUGCGGGAGUUGGAGGCAGAGUUGCACAAGCACCGCGAGCGGCAGAAGCUCAUGGAUGCUCAGCGCACUGUCGAAGUACGGCUGGCGGAGGAGCGGCAGAGGCAAGACGAUCUGCGCAUAGCCGAGGAGAAGCUGGCUGCCGUCGAGGAGGCGCUCCGUGCAGCUCUGAGCUCGGAGCAGGAUCGGACACGGGCCCUGGAAGCCAUCGCCCACACUGUGGACGAAGAGCAUCGCAGGCCUGACCCUCAUGGUGAAGAAGUAGGUGACGCGGCGGCAGUUGAGGAAGCCCCGGAGGAGCAAGGCGUCGAGCUGCGUAUCAAGAACACCUUCAUCGAGGUCUUCGUCCCCAAAGAGGGCGAACACUUAGUGAGGACAAGGACUGCUCCCAGCGUCGUCUCUCAAAUGGGCGACGCGUCAGCGGCCUCGCCAACUGGUGGUUACCUCGAGGAGGGUGGAGCCACGUCUUCCUCACAGAGGACUUCACCACUCCUCACCAUGGUCCCUGCCCCGUCGCCUCCUGCACCUUGGGCACUGAAGCGGGACACGUCGAGCAUCCUGCGCUCCAUCCUUGAGGAUAAGAUGGAAGCAGAGUCCGAGCGGGACGCCGGCGAAAGCCGAGGAGCCAUUGGUCGCAGCGCCUCACAGCAGGCCAAGGGUCGACAGAUCUCGAUCGAAAAGACAGAGGCGUCGCCUGGCGAGGCAGCGGGUGAGGAGUCGAACCGAGAACAGAGAACAGGAGCUUUGUCCAUGCCUUCGGAUCAUAUCACCAGCUGGGCGGACGAGAGUGAGAACCUGGAACCGGGCAAUGCAGAUCCCUGGUCUGCCCCGGACAAAGAUGGCCGCCGGGAAGUGCGGCUCAGGAACCUCCCACUCCGACCGGCCGAGGAGCUCAAGGAGGACAUCUACAAAGAGCUGGCACGCCUGUGGCGUGUGGUUCUCAAUCGCUCGGAGCCUGCAGUUGAGUCAUUGAGCAUCGCGGAUCACCAGGAUGAAUCUGUCGCCAGCUCCCUUGCGCGAGCGACGGGGACGGAGGCGACGAUCGUCUUCGAGCGCUCACAGGAUGCCAAGUGGCUGGUGGAUAUCCGACAGCCACCCAACUGGACCAGCGCGCAGACGAUGUCAAUCCGUGGCCGCGUUCUCCAAUCUGAAUGGCCGCCACUCCCACCGCCUGUGGACUGGCGGCGCCUGCGCUACAAGGCCGACACCGAUGCCUCCUCGCAGGUGUCUUAUGACACAGUUGGGACGAAGCGUUCGUGCAGCCACGCCAUCCAAGCCAGGCGGCCUGGUGAGACCCCGCCGCUUCGGAAGGGCGACGACCACCCGCCACAGAACCGGACGGUCAUCCUCACUGGCAUUGGCCAUCAUCUUCCUGUGCAUACGGUGCGCAGCGAGGUCCUUGAUUUACUGCGGCGGCUUUGGAACCGAGACGGUCUGAAGUUUGAUCCAGAGACGCAGCUCCACCGUGGAGCCGAGGGUGGCCUCACCGUCCGCCACGCCCGGCGCCAUGGGCAGGAGAAUGACGGCAGCUGCGUGGUGCGGCUCCGGAACUACUGCGACGCCAAGUGGCUGGUGGAGCAGGCGCGUGGCCUCAAUAUCGAAGGGCGACCUUUGCGGGCGAUGUGGGCCCGACCCCGUGACGGGGCACGGUGA